AAGUGUCCUAUCUGAUCUAUUUGUAUUUUGCUGGUGCCUGCUUUAUUGGGCUCUUUGCUGGGCUUUGCCUUUAAUGAAUUAAUCAUUCUCAAAAAAAAGGUUUCUAUACUCUCAGUUUUUUUAGUAGAUCACUCUGGAAAAAAUGGCGAAAGCAAUUCGAUUCUUUGAGCUGAACACCGGAGCCAAGAUUCCGGCCGUCGGUUUGGGGACGUGGCAGGCCGAGCCCGGCGUCGUUGGCGAUGCCGUCACCGCCGCCAUCAAGGUUGGGUAUAGGCAUAUUGAUUGUGCUCAAAUUUAUGGCAACGAAAAAGAGAUUGGUUGUGCUCUUAAGAAGCUUUAUGAUGAUGGUGUUGUGAAGCGUGAGGAUUUGUGGAUUACUUCGAAACUAUGGUGUAGUAAACAUGCACCAGAAGAUGUGCCAAAGGCACUAGAUAGCACUCUGCAGGACUUGCAAACCGAUUAUCUCGAUCUGUAUCUGAUUCACUGGCCAGUUAGCAUGAAAAAGGGCUCAGUUGGCUUUAAGCCUGAGAACCUCUCCCAACCUGACCUACCAAGUACUUGGAAAGUAAUGGAAGCACUGUACGAUUCUGGCAAGGCCAAGGCUAUAGGAGUUAGCAAUUUUUCUACUAAAAAGCUUGGAGAUCUACUAUCCGUGGCACGCAUACCUCCUGCUGUUAACCAAGUGGAAUUGCACCCCCAAUGGCAGCAGCCAAAGCUAAAAGAAUUGUGCAAAUCUAAAGGAGUCCACUUAACUGGAUAUUCACCUUUGGGAUCACCAGGUACAAGUCAUAUGAAGGGAGAUGUUCUUAAGAAUCCAGUUCUGGCAUUGGUAGCAGAGAAGCUGGGCAAGACUCCUGCACAAGUGGCUCUCCGUUGGGGGCUACAAUCAGGUCAUAGUGUGCUGCCUAAGAGCACAAAGGAGGCCAGGAUCAAAGAGAAUUUUGAUGUUUAUGAUUGGUCCAUACCCGAGGACUUGAUUUCAAAGUUUUCUGAUCUAAAGCAGGAGAGGCUGCUUAAAGGCACUGGAUUUGUCAAUGAGACUCACGGUUUCUACAAGAACAUUGAGGAGCUUUGGGAUGGAGAGUUGUGAGCAUGCUAGAUGUAACAGAAACAUUUG